CCACCAAUCAGAGCCUCACAACAAACUAUUCGAGCACACCUCCAGGAAGCACCUGAUGUCAACAGAACAUUUACCUCCAUCUAGCAUUGUGAGAGCGUUUCAUUGAUAUAAUUGAACCUCCAGCGGUCAAAAGUGUCUAUUAACUCAAUGGCCAGCUGUUAUCCCAGUGUAGCGGAGCUCGUCGCGGAUGCUCGCUGUCUGUAUGUGCAGGCGUUCGGAGAGGAAGCUCCUCAGACGGCGGUGUGUGCUCCAGGAAGAGUCAACCUGAUGGGGGAGCACACCGACUACAACCAGGGACUAGUGCUUCCAAUGGCGCUGCCCCUGGUGACUGUGGUGGUAGGGAGGCAAACCUCUGGCCAGGAUGUCACCGUGGUAACAGCGACAAAGGAUGCUGAUGAGCCUCGGAGGGUGGACUUCAGCCUGCCCAGUGACGGAUCACCGCUGUCUCCAGGGCUACCCAGCUGGGCAAACUACGUGAAGGGUGUUAUACAGCAUUACAGGGCUCCUCCUGUCCCAGGUUUCAGGGCGGUGAUAGUCAGCAGUGUCCCCCUGGGAGGAGGUCUGUCCAGCUCAGCCUCUCUGGAGGUGGCUUUCUACACAUUCCUGCAGCAGCUCAAGCCAGAUGACGGAGACAAGGUGUCCACAGCGGUGGCCUGUCAGAAGGCAGAACACACUCAUGCUGGUGUCCCCUGUGGCAUCAUGGAUCAGUUUGUGUCUGUUCUCGGCAGGGAGGGCCAUGCUUUGCUCAUUGACUGCAGGUCUCUGGAGGCCACUCUUGUCCCUCUGGCAGAUCCAGGCCUGGUCAUCCUCAUCACCAACUCCAAUGUCAAACACUCUCUGACGGGCAGCGAGUACCCCAUGAGACGCAGGCAGUGUGAGGAGGCUGCCUCCAUCCUGGGAAAGGACAGUCUCAGAGAUGCCACCAUGAAGGACCUGGAGGAGGCAAGAGACAGACUGGAUGAUGUAACCUUUCGAAGAGCUCGUCAUGUGAUAGAGGAGAUAGAAAGAACCGUCCGAGGUGCUGAAGCCCUGAAGAGAGGAGCCUACAGAGAGUUUGGCAAGCUGAUGGUGGAGAGCCACAACUCCCUCAGAGACUUGUACGAGGUGAGCUGCAGGGAGCUGGAUGAGCUGGUGUCUGCAGCCAUGGAGGUGGAGGGGGUGUUUGGCAGCCGGAUGACCGGCGGAGGAUUCGGUGGAUGCACCGUGACCUUGCUGCAGGCCCACGCCAUUGACAGGACUAUACUCCACAUACAGGAGCGAUACAGUGGAACCCCGACUUUCUAUGUGACAACUCCUUCAGAGGGAGCUCGGGCUCUCAGUCUGCCCUGACCUUUGUCAACACAUCUCUGAUGUAGAAACACAUUCACUCCUCUUUAUAGGCCUUUUCUAUUUGACUUUUCUUUCAAUUUUCGCUAUUAAGAUUAAAAUGAUAUACUGUUAUGCAUAUCUGGAGCUGGCUGAACAGCAUCCCGUUAAUGUAGGAAAAGUGCCUUCACAGUAAACCGUUGUUUUCUAUUAUGAGAUUUUAUGCACUGAAUUAUCAGCUAGAUAACUUGUAGCAACUGUUAUGUAUAAGUAUGACCUGUGAUAAUGAAGUUGCUCUGGAAGGAAGAAAAUGGUCUGUGAACACAUUAGCUAUAAUAACUUUGUAAGGCAAUAAAAUAUCAGUACUGUAACAGCUAGAGUUCUUCUGCCCAAUAGUGGCCAAAAAUGAAGUAACAUUAAUGCUUUAAAGUGUUUUUAAUUAUUCUGGCUAAUCAGUUGUCUGCUUGGUGUUGGGCAGAGCUAUGAUGAGAAUUAUGUGAUGUCUGUAAAUUUAAUAUACUAAUAAAGCUGAUAAUGCAUCUUAUACUGAAGGCGUUAGUUGCCCCACCCAUAGAGGGUCAGCUAGAUGUCAGUCAACACAGGCUGUACUCACCCAUACAUCAGACCGGCAAUACGUAAUCCAGAGUAUAGGCUCUCAUGACCACGCCCCCUUUUGGGGGUUGAAACAUGUCUCCAAAUCAAAUUUCUACUUUAAAGGUCCCACAUUAUAAAAAAGUGAGAU